UUUCUUUCUACAACAAACCAUCAAUCUCUUCCAGGAACAAAAUUUCAAACCCGAAAUUUUGGUUCAAAAGAUCAUUUCUUUCUUUUUGUUCUCAUCUGAUUCGAUUCCAAGUUCUCUUCAAAUGGGUCUCUCAGUUGAGAAUUCUGUAACACAAUCUCACAGCCGCACCCACAAGAUCUUCCUCAUCAGCAACUACAUCCUCUUGGGAGCAGCCUCGAGUUGCAUCUUCCUCACCCUCUCCCUCCGCCUCCUCCCCUCCCUCUGCGGCUUCUUCCUUAUCCUCCUCCACAUCAUCACCAUAGUCGGCGCCGUCUCCGGCUGCUCCGUGGCCACAUCUGGAUCAAACAAACGCUACGCAGCUCACAUGGUGGCGAUGGUGCUGACAUCCAUAUUCCAGGGCUCUGUUUCAGUGCUUAUCUUGACCAGAACAGCUGAUUUCUUGGGCUACUUGAAGUCUUACGUAAGGGAAGAAGAUGGGGUUGUGAUAUUGAAGUUGGCUGGUGGGUUGUGUGUGGCUGUUUUUUGCUUGGAAUGGGUGGUGUUGGGGCUUGCUUUUGUGCUGAGGUACUAUGCUUUUGUGGAAGGUCAUGGGGUUGGUAGUGGCCAAUCAAGUCAGAGGAAUGGGAAGGUUCAAGAUGAGGAUUUGAAGAAUUGGCCAUGGCCUUUCCAAGUUUAGAGACCGUUAAACAACAAAAAAAUUUGAUUUUGUUGGGGAAAUUCCACUUCAGUAUUGCUUGUUUUAUUAGUUUGUGAUCAGAUUGGUUAUUUGUUUUUAUUAAGUUCAAUAAAUUGUUGAUUUGUUUGUAAUUUUUUGCUUGAGAUCAAGUUUGUUGAUUUGUUUUCAUUUUCUUGAUGUAAGGGGAAAAUGACCUUUUUAAAGAAUAUUCAAUAUGAUAAUGACUACUCAAAUUGUCAAA